UUUGCAUGCUUUGGAAACAUAGCUUAAGACAGAAAAUGUAUGUUCUAAUGUAGGAGUAAGAGUGACAUUUAUUUUACUGUUGAUGCUUGAUGAGAUCAUCAUGGGAGUAAACAAUGGCUUAAUUUUGCUGGAAGGAGAAACUAAAGCCACCACAGGAAAAUUUUCACUCAGUGACCACAGACAGUUGGCUCAUUACUUAUCUCUGCUCUGCUUCCUGCUCACCAUCGUGACUCUGUUGCAGACUCUCUGCUUGGUUCAGAUCACCUUGACAUCUCAGUCUCAGUCAACUCUGCAAGAAAACAAACUGCGAGAGCUGACAAACAGGCUGGAGAAGCUCAACCAGUCCCAUCACCUCUUGUUCAUCCAGUAUCCUGCUCUGAAUGAGUACUGUCCCACUAGCAACUCCUCUACUGGUGAAAGAGAGUGCAGACCAUGUCUGGCUCACUGGACUCUUCAAGGAGAGAAAUGUUUCUAUUUCAGUGAGGACAGAGCAGACUGGAUCAGCAGUCAGUACCAUUGCAUGUCACAGGGAGGCGCUGUGGCUACAAUCAAAACAGAGGAGGAGCAGGAGUUUCUAUUUAAAAUGGCCCAGAGCCUGAGUCAGGGAGACUCAUACUGGCUCGGUCUAAGGGGCAGUAGUGUGGACGGUACCUGGCAGUGGAGUGACGGCACCCCCUUGGAGAAUGGACCACAGUUUUGGGAGCAUCAGCCAGAUAUCACAGGAGAGACCAAGGAGCUCUGUGGUCGACUUACACCCGGAGACAACUACAGGAGGAGCUGGUUCGCCUCCAGGUGCUCUGGUCACCUAAGGAGGAUCUGUGAGCGCAAACAAGCUUCUCUACAGUGACCGGAGACAACAUUUGUUCAGUUUUUCUUUACCUCCUAAGUCUUUUCUCGUUUAUAUUGGGCUUGUUAAACAUAGAGAUUAAAAUGUUGGAAAUCAUACUGAUUUUCCCACAUUUUCUGUUGCUGUAUGAUGAAGUAGAAAAAUUCUAGAAGAUCUAGAUGCAUCUAUUUGGCUUAUGUUGGCAGAAUAACCUUUAUUAUAAAUGGGAUGGUUUUGUAAUGUUAUUCAUUUAAUUAUUAUUCACUCAUUUUGUUCGCCUGUUUAAACCCUACUUGUGCUUUCUACUAUUCAUUUUAAAAAUGUAAAAUGGUGGGUUUUAUUUACAUUUUGUCCUCAAACGUUUAUUUGUUUAUUUUGUGAUUUUAUAGUUCAGCUAUUUCUCUCUUGAUGUUGUAAUUCUGGAUUCUUCUUUGCUUUUUGUCUUUGCUAAAAUAAAAUAAAACAUUUUCUAAUUAU